CUCGUACAUUGCUCAGUUCGCUUGCGGUGGGUGUGCGUUACGGACGGAAGCUCGCGUGCUCUUGCGCAGAUUACCACGUUCACAGACCAGUGCGGUUCGGAGAGGGGGUACUGAAUACACAGUGGAAUGUGGGAGUUUGGUGUGGUGAUUAGUGAUUCCGUGUUUUGAUUUGUGAUUUAGUAAAUUGUUUCUGCGUUUGCAUAGUGGAGUUUGGUAUUUGGAUGUGCUGUUUUGUGUCAGGUUAUGUGUGCGUGCCGUUAGAUAAGCAACAGUGUGGUGGGAUUGUUGAAGUGAUCCAACAGUGUGGAAUGGUUCCUGUGUGUUUGCGGUGUCUUGUUGAUUUGUGCGGUUGAGGAGAGUUCAGCACAAUGGGGAAGCUGCUGUCAAAAAUCUUCGGUAACAAGGAGAUGAGGAUAUUGAUGCUGGGCCUCGAUGCUGCCGGGAAGACUACUAUUUUAUAUAAAUUAAAAUUAGGUCAGUCAGUCACAACGAUACCUACGGUCGGUUUCAACGUUGAAACUGUAACGUAUAAAAACGUCAAAUUCAACGUAUGGGACGUUGGGGGGCAGGACAAAAUACGACCAUUAUGGAGGCAUUACUAUACAGGCACUCAAGGUCUAAUAUUCGUGGUGGACUGCGCGGACCGGGACCGCAUCGACGAGGCGCGCCAGGAGCUCCAUAGAAUCAUCAACGACAGGGAGAUGCGUGACGCCAUCAUCCUCAUCUUCGCCAACAAACAGGACUUGCCUGAUGCAAUGAAACCCCACGAGAUCCAAGAGAAGCUGGGGCUGACGCGCAUCCGCGACCGCAACUGGUACGUGCAGCCGUCGUGCGCGACGUCGGGCGACGGGCUGUACGAGGGCCUCACCUGGCUCACCAGCAACCACAAGUUAUGAGCUGCAGAGUAGGCGGCCGCCAGCCGCCGCGCCCGCCACGGUGAGGAUGUCGAUGCCAUUUAAUUUAAGUAAGCGCCCGCGUGCCGGAACAAGCAACGUCAUUGUGAAUACCAGUGUUGAUUCUAUAUAAUGGUUAUACAGACAAAAACGCUCCAGUGAACGGUGCGAGAGACUGUCCGUGUGAACACAACGUUAGAUAGCAAGCAAGCGAACGCUUGUCACAAAAUCAAUUAUUCCAUAUUUAAAAAAUUAAAAAACAAAUUUAGAAAGUUUUGUUGUAACGAUAUUCGAUUAUUUUUUUAUGUUAUUUAAAGAAUUAUUACAUAAAGUAAAAUGAUUUUUUUUAUUUAGUUUAAUGUUUACCUCCUUUGUAUAGUAAGGUAGAAUAAAGUUUCUAAUGCAUUAUUGUGGGUAAUCGAGGACUAUGUAUGGGAAGGUCGCAAUGUUCUUUAUUAUGGAUAUUUAAGUGAUAGCUAUGCACGCUGUGUAGGUCAUUCGUAUGGAGUGGCUUGACUGUUGUAAUAUUUAACCACUUACAAAUAAUUUCAGACGAACCAGAAUAUUCAAAAUAACAUUUGACGAUUACCCUUUGUUGUUUUGUGUGUAAGGACAUUCAUGACUACAAAUUGACAUGUUAAUGCAUCACUAUAUUAUUUAAUUUUAUAAUUAAUAUUUAAACAACUUAUGUCAAUUCUAUAAUUUACAUAACCUAUUUUUCUCAAUUUACCGACUAGUGUGACAUAACCUAAUUUCUUUUAACAAUAGUCAAGCUACCCUCAUAUAAAAAUGUACAUAUUAAAGCAAUGUAUGUACAUAUUGAAGAGUAUUUUUUAUUACUAUCGCUGUUUGAAUGUUGAUUUUUUGUAUGCGAUUUUUUUAAGACAAAAUCCACUAUGUAUGUAUAAUGUAUUGCUUUCUGCUUUCAUUGUGAGUGUCCGGCGGGGAAAGGGCGCUUUACCGAGCUUCUGAAUUCAAAUUUUGUACAUAAUGCUUAUUAUUUUACUUUGAGAAAAUUAAAUCAGUUGUGUAUAAAGAUAAAUGAUCAUUUUGCUGUCGAAUCUCGAGUCGAAAUAGUUUAGUGACCCGCAGAUAGAGGUCAUGUUAUAAACGGGCAUUCUUCGAAGCUGCAACUUGAAUCAAAACCUAUAUUUGUUUUGCGAAGUUAUCGUUUGCUAAGCGAAUCUUCUUAAAUUGAAUAUUAACUGCAAACAGUGUUGACCACUAUGCACACAUGUUACUGUUCUAGCUUCUAAAAAUUUCCAUAACGAUGUCCGCCAACCGCAAAUUUGUAUAAUCUAUCUCUCGCGUCGAUUUGUGACUAGAGAUUGAACAAUCUCUUCUCAUAAAACAAAGGAUCGAUAGGUUAUAGAAAUCCGCAGUAAGUAAAGCGUCGUACUGACCCCGCCGAGCCAGUAGUUAGUCAGUUCGGGGACCAUCUGAUUUUGUAAAUACGGCUCUUGAAUGGACCUUGAAAUGAGAUUUUUCUAGCGAAUUAUAUUUAAUUUUUAUAGCUUCGUUUUGUGAAGGCUUUUGCCAAAGGGUGAUUUGCUUAUACAAGGCUGAUUUUAGAUGCAAAGUCCAUUAAAUAUCCAAUCUUUAAUUUACUUGGGAGUAGGUUAGUAAUGGAGUGUUUAUAAAUCAAAUCAGCUAAGUUUGACAGAUUUAUUUAGUUUCAAGGUGCGUAUUAUUCUAGUUCUAAAAAUCACUAACUGAAACACUCCAUUUUCAACUAAUCGGUGAUUGAUAUCGAAUCAAUGUUACGUUGGUUAGUUUGAGCAUUGCGCUACGACAAGUAAAGGAAAUAUACGAGUAUAGCAAUAAAUAGAUUUUCCAACUUUACCUACUUUAGAUAGAGAUUAAAAGCAAAUUAGUCCAACGAAAUGAAAAACUCGCAAGUUGGAACAUCGACUUUCGUAAAUAAUGUAAUCGUUACUGCUAGAUUUAGGGUCUGGUUUCCACGACCGGUUAACUGUUAACCAGAGGUUAAUCAGUAGUCGCUGAUUAGUUAACGGAUGAUGGUUAAUCUGGCCUGUAUUAUGGUCCUUAGAAGUAGGACAGAGUUUAGGUAGGUGUUGAUAUAACUGUAAGGCACUAGCAGGGAGUUUUUUGUUUCACAUAGUAUUUUUGAUUGGAAUUUUAUUGUAUAAAUUAAUCUAUCAGGCUAUAAUAUGCCCGCCGGACGGAUGGUAAAAAGGCUCCUAAGGCUAAGUGCAGAUGAAGGAGUGGAAUGGUUACUGUUCGAAUCAUAAUGUGCGUGAGACAAUAAAUUACCAAUACAAGAUCGUCUUGCGCCUCAAUUCAGCACUCGGCCUUAGGACGUCUACGAAUGAGUGACUACGAACAUUUGUUGAUCGAAAUUAGCUCUUAUUUCCAGGUCCAUAGCCUACUUUUACGACUAUCUUCAUACUUGUACUGAUUUCUUGCCUACAUUUAAAUGUCCUAUUGAAUUGUGUAAUUGCGAGUAAACUACGAUGGAAGCUAAUGUUAACUUUUUCUGUUGAAACUCACCUAUACUUUGUGAUAUAAAUAUAUUUCAUAGAACCUUAUAAUGUAUGAUUAUUUUCUAGAAUGUUCGAAUUAUUGAUGCUAAUACUCGGAGACAUGACAAUAUAAAAUAAGUCAUGUUCUGUCAAAUUAAGAACUGAUUUACAUUUGAAUAAUCAAUUUUCGUUUAACUUAAAGUGCAAUUAAAAUUUCUAGCAACUAUUUUGCACGGAGAUGUAAAAACAAUAUUUUUAUUUGUAUGGUAAUGUACCGCUGGGUUCAUUUUGCGGGAAGCGUUGAUAACAAUUUAAAACCUAUUGUAUAAUAUUGUAGAAAGAUAAAUUCAAUAUAAAUUCACCCUUAAAA